UUCGUGCUCUGCCCCUCCGUGCUGGUGCAGCUCACCCUCAUCUUCGUGCAUCGCGACCUCAGCCGCAACCGCCCCCUCGUCCUGCUCAUGCACCUGCUCCAGCUCGGACCCAUCAUCAGGUGCAUGGAGGCCUUGCUGGUGUACUGCUGGUCAGGGAGGGAGGAGGAGCCCUAUGUCACCAUCACCCGCAAGCGUUGGCUGCGCAAAGGCUACGAGGUGGAGAUGGAGCGGGAGGUGGGUGGCUCGGAGCGCCGGCUGGCCACGCACCGCAACGCCUUCAAGCGCAUGGCGGUCAUCCAGGCCUUCCUGGGCUCCACCCCACAGCUCACCCUCCAGCUCUACAUCAGUGUCUUGGAGAAGUACAUCCCUGCUGCCCGAGCUGUCCUCAUGGGUAUCUGCCUGGUGUCGGUCACCUAUGGAGCUCUUGUCUGCAACAUCCUGGCUAUCCAGGUCAAGUACGAUGACUACAAGGUCCAGCUGCGGCCACUGGCCUUCCUCUGCAUCGUGCUGUGGCGCAGCCUGGAGAUCUCCACCCGCGUGGCUGUCCUGGUGCUCUUCAGCACCGUCUUCAAGCACUGGAUAAUCCCCAUCGCCCUGGCCAACCUGCUGGUGGUCUUCUUCUUGCCCUGGGUGCAGUUCUGGCGCAGCGGCACCCACCUGCCCGACAACAUCGAGAAGAACUUCAGCUGCGUGGACACGGUGGUGGUGCUCUGUGCCUUCACCCUCCUCUAUGCCAGCAUCAAUAUGUUCUGCUGGUCGGCCGUGCAGCUCAAGCUGUCCGACCGGGACCUCAUCGACAAGUCGCAGAACUGGGGCUGCCUGGCCAUAUACUACGUGGUCCGACUGCUGGAGAACACAGCCCUCGUCAUCCUCUGGUACUUCUUCAAGACGGAUGUCUAUGAGAACUUCUGCACCCCACUUCUGGUCGUGCAGCUGCUCCUCGGCUACUGCCUGGGCAUCUGCUUCAUGCUCGUCUUCUCCCUCUUUCCUCUGUGUGCUAUUGGUAACCUGAGCGCUGACUUCCUGCACUGCGUCUGCUGCCACCGACACCCGCCAGGGACCCCUCUGUGCCUCGAGGUACCCUUGGAGCCUGGUGUGAGGCACAGCAUUGUCUGA